AUGGAGACAGGUAAGGACUUGCCUUGGGUACUGGUGCAAGAGAUAGGAGGAUCCUUUGGAGUUAUGGAGGAGCAUGUGGACUACUUGGAGGAGCGAUUUACUUUGAUCACUAUGAAAGAGUUAAAGGAGAAGAAAGAACAGGUAGCGGAUAAGAUAGUGUGCAUCUUUAAUUGGGCAAACAAGCCUGAUGUUGAUACAGAACUUCUGAAAUGCCUUCCUCGAUUGAAAGUGAUUGCCAGUGCGGGAGCAGGGGUGGAUCAUUUAAACCUAAAGAUGAUAUCCAACUAUGGGGUUAAAGUCGCCAACACGCCUAACGCUGUGACCAGUUCUACAGCUGACUUGGCCAUGACACUGCUGCUUGUGUCUGCCAGGAGUUUUUGGAAGGUCACAAGAUUGCAAUAUCUCCAGACACUGAUCAUUUCCAAGUUAACUGGGUAUCUAGAGGGGAUAUAACAGGGAACACUCUCGGCAUUGUUGGAAUGGGAAAGAUUGGAUAUAAAAUUGCACAAAGAGCAAAGGCAUUCGAAAUGAAGAUUUUGUAUCACAACAGAAGUCAAAGACUGGAAGAAGAAAAGUCAGUUGGAGCCACAUACUGUGAAAAUCUGGCAGAUUUGCUCAAACAGUCAGAUUAUGUAAUGCUGGUUGUUAACCUAACUCCACAGACAGAAAAACUGAUUGGGAAAAGAGAACUGAAACUAAUGAAGCCUUCAGGAACUUUGAUUAAUGUCAGCAGAGGUCCAGUUGUUGAUCAGGAUGCUUUGGUGGAAGCCUUACAAGAGGGAGUAAUCAAAGCUGCUGCACUAGAUGUGACAUAUCCAGAACCCUUGCCUAGAGAUCACCCACUGCUUAAAUUGAGCAAUGUUGUUAUAUCUCCUCACAUGGGCACUUCAACGCGCGAUUCUCUGCGUGCUAUGAUGGAAGAAAUGGUACAGAGUAUGGUGGAUGCUGUUAACAGUCGCCCAAUUUCCUAUGAAGUCACUGACAUCUAA